AAACAUUUCAAACCAAGAGACUUUUGUUUGUUGGAGAAAUGAGACCCAAGCAGUUGGCCGCCUAAUUUGUAAGAAACCACUUACUUGGCAUUACAACUUACGAGCGAAGGAAGACUCUCGUUUCCGCGAAAUCUCUUCAAAACAUUUCACGAGAGGACAAAACAAAACACAGCCCCUGCAGCCAGCCUUCCCUUUUAAAACUUUCAAAAAAAAAAAAAAAAACCUCUCCCCCUUCCUUUUCUCUCUCCUCGUCUCAGAUCAGAGCUUCUGCCCCAUUUCCCAUCUCCCACUCCACCUUCCUCUCCAGAUCCGAUCCAUGGCUCCUGUCUCUGCUCUCGCCAAGUACAAGCUCGUCUUCUUGGGAGACCAAUCCGUCGGAAAGACUAGCAUCAUCACUCGAUUCAUGUACGACAAAUUCGACAACACCUAUCAGGCUACUAUUGGUAUUGAUUUUCUAUCAAAGACGAUGUACCUUGAAGAUCGGACGGUCCGUUUGCAACUCUGGGAUACUGCAGGACAGGAAAGGUUCAGGAGUCUGAUCCCAAGUUACAUUAGGGACUCCUCUGUUGCAGUCAUCGUAUAUGAUGUUGCAAGCAGGCAGUCAUUCCUUAACACUGCCAAGUGGAUUGAGGAGGUUCGUACUGAGCGAGGCAGUGAUGUUAUCAUUGUCCUUGUUGGGAACAAAACAGACCUUGUGGACAAGAGGCAAGUGUCUAUAGAGGAAGGAGAAGCUAAAGCUCGUGAUCUAAAUGUUAUGUUUAUUGAAACUAGUGCCAAGGCUGGGUUCAAUAUAAAGGCGCUAUUUCGGAAAAUUGCAGCAGCCUUACCAGGAAUGGAAACACUUUCUUCAGCAAAGCAAGAAGACAUGGUUGACGUCAAUCUUAAGUCUAGCAACACAAACGCAUCUCAGUCACAGCCACAGGCAGGCGGAUGUUCCUGUUGAUGAUAUACAAUGUUGUUCUAAGCUCCCACUAUGCGGCCCCAUUUCCUUCUCAGCUCCUGUGAUCCUACAAAACGUCUGUAAAGUUUUCCUCGCCCAAUUCGGUAAGCUUUGAGCUUUUGGGUAUGGAUGAUGGUUUAAAAAAGGAAAAGUGAAACAGUAGAUUAUUAGAUUCCUUGGUUAUUUUGGCAGUUUUGUCAGAUGCAUUAGAGUUUUUAUGGUUGAAAAUUAAUAGCAGAAUCUCUCAAAUAAAUUAGAUUUUGAAGAAGAAAUUUGGAAUUAAAAGCAUCCCUCAGUAAGGAACUUGUGGGGAUUGAUGGUAGUCUAUACUUUCUAUAUCACACAAUUAGCCGAAGGGGAAAAACUAUUGGUUGUA